UAUACAUCUUUCAAAAUGCCACCAAAAGUUGGAACCAAAGGAGCCAAAAAGGCCGUAACAAAGGCAAAGACUGCCAGACCCGGCGGUGACAAGAAAAGGAGGAGGAAGAGGAGAGAAUCCUAUGCCAUCUACAUCUACAAAGUCUUGAGACAGGUUCACCCAGACACUGGAGUAUCCUCAAAGGCUAUGUCUAUCAUGAACAGUUUUGUCAACGAUAUCUUUGAGAGAAUCGCUGCAGAAGCUUCCCGUCUCGCUCACUACAACAAGAGAUCUACCAUCACAUCUCGGGAGAUCCAGACUGCAGUUCGUCUGCUCUUACCCGGUGAAUUGGCCAAGCACGCUGUCAGUGAAGGUACCAAAGCCGUCACAAAGUACACCAGCAGCAAGUAAACAACGAGAAGUUUAACUUCACAAACGGCCCUUUUCAGGGCCACCAA